UACAGGACCCAAUAUUUUAAUUCAAUGCAUUGGUUUAGAUGUAACAAAGCUUAAACCAGCAUAUCCAUUGACUCUAUCUGAUUGAGUAUAUCGUAUAAUGUGUUGCAACCACCAAUCAACCCGUGGACACCAUAUGUUGAUCACGGACAGAUUGCGCUCAAUUAUAGCUAGUCCACAAACAUUGUAGAUUCCAGCAAAAUCAUUGAGAAGUUUGGACGAUAAGCAGCAUUCCUUUUCACGACCACGGAGAAAAAGUCAUGUUACAAUCGCUAGUCUUUGUUAGUAGCAUCCUCUUGAUACUAUGGAACGUAAUAGGUUCAAGGUCAUUGGACUAUGAGCCAGUUGCGUGUUUCCUUGCACCACGCAAUGGGAAGAGUGUCGACCUUAAAGGAACCCAUGUGAAGAACUUUAAAUCGUCAUUGGAUUUCUCGGCUCUUGAAAAGACAGUCGUACACCCUUGCUACGAAUUACUCAAACACAACAAUGAUGUAUUGUACUUCGGUAUUUUUGACCACAGCGAGUGUUAUAGCUUUAAAAAGGGGUGGCUGAACAUAGAGCUUCUUAAACACCCAUCUCGUGAAUGCAAGGAUGGAAAGGUUGGAGGGAAGGAUACAAUAUUUCUAUACAAGAUCAGGCAAUAUACAGAAUAUGGAUGUUUCCUCACUACAAGUGAAGGCAAAAGUAUCGACCUAAAAGGAACCAUGGUGGCGAACUUCAAAUCAGCAUUGAUCGACUCGGCGCUAGAUAAGACGGUCGUACACCCGUGUUAUGAUACAUUAAAGGACAACGAGGACGUAUUGUACUUCGGCAUCGUGGACAACAGCGAGUGCUACAGUUUCAAGAAGGGGUGGCACAACAGAGACAUACUUGCACAGCCGUCCGACAGGUGCACGGACGGAAAGGUGGGAGGGAAGGAUACCGUAUUUCUUUAUACGAUCAGACGACAUUGGAAAAAAGACGAAUUGUAAAGAACAACUACACUACACAGGUGAACGGAUUGACAAAACGACCAAUGUACAGUAUAUACACAUUGAAGUACGACGGUAUUUCCUCUGUGUCGUUAUCAGUAUGGACGCUAUAUUGCCAAAAACGUCGAAGGCAACGAUAACAAAAAUGAGCCUUUUCCUGAUAAACUUGUAGACCAUUUCGAUCUCCCAGAACGAUGGGCCCAAGUCAGCAACAGGAGCUUUGCGACCCUCGGUCAUCAUCCGUGCGUUCAUAACAUAAUGGAACAUGUCUACAGGAAUAGCUAUCAUAAAAGUUCUCUCCGGUAACGGCGGAACUCUUGCAAUAAUUCUGAAAUUAAUGUACACAUGAAUCGGUAUACGAUCUUUAAAAUAGUAUUAUCAUAUUACAUGUAUAAAUCGGAAUUUUCGACCUGGUCACCUCAAAAGUUCAUUGUAGAAUUAGUAGGGUUCUUUGCUGGUGUUGCCACCAAGCUCAAGGUGACAGAAGUAGGCAGUUGUGAGCUGGAGACAAACAUGGAAGACAAAAUAAUAUUUC